AGGAAGGCGAGUACUUCCUGAAGGUGCUGAUCCCCAGCUACGCGGCGGGCUCCAUCAUCGGCAAGGGCGGGCAGACCAUCGUGCAGCUGCAGAAGGAGACAGGCGCCACCAUCAAGCUCUCCAAGUCCAAAGACUUCUACCCCGGAACCACAGAGCGGGUAUGCCUAGUUCAGGGCACGGCAGAGGCCUUGAAUGCUGUGCACAGCUUUAUUGCCGAGAAGGUCCGAGAAAUCCCACAAGCGAUGACCAAGCCUGAGGUGGUCAACAUCCUUCAGCCCCAAACCACGAUGAACCCCGACAGAGCCAAGCAGGCCAAGCUGAUCGUCCCCAACAGCACGGCGGGCCUGAUCAUCGGCAAGGGGGGCGCGACCGUGAAGGCCGUGAUGGAGCAGUCGGGAGCGUGGGUGCAGCUGUCCCAGAAGCCCGAGGGCAUCAACCUGCAGGAGCGCGUGGUGACCGUCAGCGGCGAGCCCGAGCAGGUGCACAAGGCCGUGAGCGCCAUCGUGCAGAAGGUACAGGAAGACCCCCAGAGCAGCAGCUGCCCUGCCCUGGACUUGCAGGUGGGAAUUAUGGGUAUCCCAAAAUGGAGCCUGGGAAAAGCUGACUUACAGACGGUUGGAGACCUAUACCUGGAACAGGACGGAUUCCAAGAUAUCGGUAUUGCUCCUAGCGGGAUGGGGUGCACAGAUGCCCCCAGCAGGGAGAUGGGAGAGGGCUCUGGGCAUUUAGGGGAGGAGGGUGGGGAGGGACCCCUGAGGAUGGUCCCAGCUGGGGGAGGAGGGAAGGGACGAUUGUUCUCUCUGGACCGGGAGAACAUCCAGAGCAACUAA